GGCUGUCAGGAGCUAACCCCUCUGCCGCUAACUGGCUGGGACAGCUGUCUGUCAGUUAGCUGGAUAUAUUUAGCUGAUUGCAUUAUCGGAUCAGAUUUAACCUGCAGCCCAACAAUAUAGAGUUAAGAACACACAGUUGAUGCUGCUUUCAUGCGAGCAUUAGCCGGGAGACUAGUUAGCUGACUAGUGAAGCUAACAUCAACAGCAGAUCCUGGAUUGUCUGUGAAGCAGCGAACAACAGACGACUAAAGACAUGUCUUCAGACGAAGACAGGGCCAAGGACAUACUGAAGGGCUUCAAACUAAACUGGAUGAAUCUUCGAGAUGCAGAGACGGGCAAAGUGCUGUGGCAGGGAACCGAGGACCUCUCUGUACCAGGAGUAGAACAUGAAGCUCGCGUCCCGAAGAAGAUCCUGAAGUGUAAAGCAGUGUCCAGGGAACUGAACUUUUCCUCCUCGGAGAAACUGGAGAAGUUCAGGCUGGAGCAGAAAGUUUUCUUCAAAGGACAGUGUCUAGAAGAGUGGUUCUUUGAGUUCGGCUUUGUUAUCCCCAACUCCACCAACACAUGGCAGUCUCUGAUAGAAGCAGCUCCAGAGUCCCAGAUGAUGCCGGCCAAUGUUUUAACUGGUAAUGUGAUCAUAGAGACCAAGUUCUACGACGACGACCUCCACGUCAGUACCUCCAGGGUACGGCUUUUCUACGUCUGACCUCUGACCCCCCCCAACCCCUCACCCCCCCCUGACUCUACCUUCCAAAAUGCUGAUGUCCUGCCAAGGUCUAUAAAUUACCAAGGUUAGCUACAAUUCGCAGCAGUAAACGUCUCGUCGCUGACUUGGGAUCAGCCCGUUUGGAUGAAACCCAGCAGCAGGUCCCAGAGUCAGCGAAGUGAGCUUUGUGUUUGGUUGUUCUCUUGUUUUGUGUCGACCUGAAAGCGUCCUCUAGACCUUGGGAGGAGAGGAGAGGAGAGAGGAGGAGAGAGCGCUCUGCUUGUUUCCUCUGUUCCAAGAUCAUCUCUCCCUCUCUGCAUCCCCCCCCCCCUCCCCUCCUCCAGACUGUUCCACUGUAAAUACACUACCACUGAUAUCUCCAGUCAUCCAGGGGAGCCUGAAAUGACACGGUUUGUGCUUUUUUAAAAAAAGAAAAAUUCUGCCCUCUCUCACUCCAAGGUUGCGUUUACUCAGGAACAGAACAUCAGACUCGUAACCUGUCUGAUGUGAUCUUCUCCUUUCUGUUUUGGAAACACUGCUCUCUCCCCGUGUGUCGCCGGUGUCGAGGAAAGGAGCUCUCUCCUGAGCUGCGUUCAAGAGGUCCUCAUCAUGAAACACUAGAUAACAUUUCCUCCAGCUGUGUCCCACUCCAGAGGCUUCCUCCUGUGAAGUUGUCCUGACAGAGUAUAUAUCAUCGUGGGUAAAUGAGGCUCCGAAGUCCAAGUGAAAUGCAGCCUCUUUUGUAUACAUUUGAAGAAAAUGACGGGUAUAUUGUUCGUAGUCCUCAAUCAUACUUGCCAACCCUCCCGAUUUUCCCGGGAGACUCCUGUUUUUCAUCGCCCACUCCCGGUUUCCUCCCGGGGUCACAAUUCUCCUGUAUUUCUCCCGAUUUAUGACAAAUGUUCACACCUCUUUUUUUUUUCCUUUUCAUUAUCUCAACAUGUUCCUGGCUCUGUACAGCGUAUACUGUAUAUACUAUACUAUAAAAGCCCUACUGAGAGUAGAGCAACACCAAAUGUCAUUUUCCCGGUGGAAGAGAUGCUUGUGACCAGGGAAUGAAAUCAGCACCUGCGACCUGCCAAAUACAGGAUAAAUGUUGGCGGUGGCAGGUUACCUGCCACCAUGGCAGACAGAUUUUUCCUUAUAUUAAGAAAUUAAAAAAGCAAUUCUAAGCCUAAAUUAAAUAUAUGGUAACACUUCAUUUUACAGGUCAGCAGAUUUCAUGGUAAUAAGGUGAUAAUUGGCAAGUAACUUGUUUGAAAUUUCUUUCGAAUUACUGUCAAAUUACCUCCAAUAUUGACCUAUAAAUUUAUUGAAAAGGACUUUGUUAUAAACAUGAUUUAAUAAUUAUAUUCCACUAUUUCUCAAUAGCUGGUAAUUUAUUUAAUAUGAAAUCCUCCCUAUUUUUGAGGUCUCAAGGUUGGCAAGUAUGUCCUCAAUAUUCUAAAAUCUUUUUGCACUGGUCAGUUCUGUCUAUUAUCAGAGAAAUGGAAGUCAUACAGAUUAAUUUCUGAAAUGUCCACUUGGACAGCCUGAAUGCAUCGUUACCGCUGGUCUCUGUGAGGUCAAGUGUUGGAUCUUGUGAUGUAGCUUUUAGUCCUCUGAAGGACACACCCACGCAGGCAGCCUCUGAAGUGGGACACGGCUUCUACCGACCAAACCUUUCCUGUUUCCUGACCACAUGACCCGGCAUUAGAACAGCGGUUUCUCAGCGUGACGUGACGGAGGACCAAGCACCUGUUUUUUUAUUCCCGUCCAUCACGAGAGCCGCUGCUUUAUCUGGAUCGCUUCUCGCCUGUUUUUAUUUGGAAUGAAAAGCUGCACACUGUUUGUCACGAUGACACGUGUUUGAGGGACGUUCAUCAGCACACAGGAGGGGUUUUAUUAUCACAUCCACUUACAUGCUUGUACUUUAAAACGCUCAACUAAAUCAUCAUCAGGUUGUGGACCGAGAUCUGCGUCAUUUAUUCUCCGUAGUUCAGAUGUUAACGGCUGCUUAACUCAGCUCUUCUGUACAUUCUGGCUUCCUAUACAGUUCACUGUGUUUGUUUUUUUUCUUAGCUGCUAACUGAGCUGUGUAAAAUAGACUUGUGUUUUAAUAUGACAGGAGUUGUGGAUUAAAGUCAUCCAAUGUUGUAAUAACAUGA